ACUAGGCCCCAUCCUUUCUAUUCACUCUCUCUCUCUCUCUCUCUUUCUGUUUUUCUAGAUUUUCAAUUUGGAUAACCAGAACAGGGAGCCAAACCUGCAUCUGAUUCUGAAUUCUGAUCCAAGAAUCUCUCAAAGUGGCUCCUUCCCAUUAUUUAUUCCAUUAAAGCUUCAUCCUCUUAAUUGGUCUGGAGAAAUGACGAGGGUAGGCCGAGAUUUUGGGGACACAAUGCAAAAGGAUGCUGUUCCGGCGGUGUCUGCUGAUGUGGUUUUUGCUUCAAGUCGGUUUCCUAAUUACAGAAUUGGAUCUAACAAUCAGAUUGUAGAGGGGAAGGAUGACCGAAAGGUACUGUCGAUGAAGGAAGUUGUUGCCCGUGAGACAGCACAAUUGUUGGAACAGCAGAAUCGCCUUUCCGUCCGAGACCUUGCCAGUAAAUUUGAGAAAGGGUUGGCUGCUGCUGCUAAGUUGUCUGAAGAGGCUAGACUUAGGGAGGCAGCAUCUUUGGAAAAACACGUCCUUUUGAAGAAGCUUCGGGAUGCACUAGAAUCACUAAAAGGACGCGUGGCUGGUAGAAACAAGGAUGAUGUAGUGGAUGCUAUUUCAAUGGUUGAGGCCUUAGCAGUUCAGUUGACUCAAAGAGAAGGGGAGUUAAUACAAGAAAAAGCAGAGGUGAAGAAGCUAGCAAAUUUUCUUAAGAAGGCUUCAGAAGAUGCUAAAAAGCUUGUUGAUGAGGAGAGAGCUUUUGCUCGUGCUGAAAUUGAAAAUGCCAGAGCAGCAGUACAGAGGGUGGAAAAAGCCCUUCAGGAACAAGAACAAAUGUCGCGAGCUUCAGGAAAGCAGGACUUAGAAGAAUUGAUGAAAGAGGUUCAAGAGGCUAGACGAAUCAAAAUGCUGCAUCAGCCAAGCAAGGUAAUGGACAUGGAACACGAGCUUCGAGCAUUGAGGGCACAACUUACGGAGAAGUCUAAGAAUUCUGUUCGGCUUCAAAAAGAGCUGGCAAUGAGCAAGAGGGGCUUGGAGAAAAUUUCCGAAUUAUUUGAAUUAGAUGGCCCUGAAGUUUUAGGGUCAUAUUUGCGGAUUCAGCCUUGCUCUGGUGAUGCUCCAGAACUCUGUAAAUGUUUGAUUCAAUGGUAUCGUGUAUCAUCUCAAGGUGGCAAGAAGGAGUCUAUAUCAGGAGCUAUAAAAUCAGUUUAUGCCCCAGAGCCUUUUGAUGUUGGGCGAGUCUUGCAAGUUGAUAUUAUUUAUGAAGGACAGAGGCUAACACUGACAACUGCUGGUCCCAUUGAUCCUGCUGCUGGUUUGGGAAGCUAUGUGGAGGCACUUGUACGGAAACAUGAUAUUGAGUUCAAUGUAGUUAUUACCCAGAUGAAUGGGGUGAAUCAUCCUUCGGAAUCUAUUCAUGUAUUUCAUGUUGGAAAAAUGAGGAUUAAACUUUGCAAGGGAAAAACUACAAUUGCUAAAGAAUACUUUUCUCCCUCAAUGCAGCUAUGCGGAGUUAGAGGAGGUGGGAAUGCUGCCGCUCAGGCACUGUUUUGGCAAGCGAAGCAAGGGCUUUCUUACGUGUUGGCAUUUGAAUCAGAACGAGAGAGGAAUGCGGCCAUCAUGCUUGCCAGGAGAUUUGCUUUUGAUUGUAAUAUAAUGCUGGCGGGGCCGGAUGACAGAACUCCCCUGGGAACCUGAUGGGACGUCGACAAGUAUCGUAGUCACUAAAUGUAAUUAUUGAGCUUCCUCUUGUAUUAUAAGUUUGUAACAGUAAAAUGUGGCCUUGUUUAGCUGUGCGUGUAGGCGCUUCCAUGUUCAUUUUUCGUUUCGUUUUACGACAUGAAGGCAUUUUUUUUCAUUUUGCCUUAUUGUUUGAGAGUGUAAACAAUGCUCUUCCGGGCUUGGGAUUGGGGGUUGAUUUGAGUGUAACACCUUUCGUAUGCCGAGUGAUUGGUGUAACAUUUUGUUGAUUGAUUUUGGUAACCUGAGAUUGGAAACCCUUCGUUAAUGGAUCUGUUUUGUCA